GCUUGAUGAAUAUCCAAUGGGCUUUGCUUCCCAGAAGAGCACACGCAGCCUGUUUUGGCCGUUCUCUUGGUCAUGAGUUGGACUUUAACAGUAGCUGACAUUUCCUUAGAGGCAGAGAUAGAUAGACUGGUUUUACCUGAAUGGCUGGUUGCCACAGGUAUGCAAACUAUGCCUUCAGACUCUUACUGCCUCUUUGAUAGCCUGUGCAGAAGCAGACAAACUGUCGGUGAAUCGUAUUGCGUCAGGGUAAAAAAAAAAAAAAUACAGCCAGAGCUCUCCUUUGUACGUGAAGGCAAAACACCUGCUACGGUCGCUAUACCUUCAGAAACUCCUUCACGUCUAUCUUAUUUGGCUUUGCUUCAUGGAAUACAAUGCGCUAUGGUGAAAGUGUACCUGAGGACCUGUCCUUAGAGGAGAGGGACGAGCUAACAAAUAUACGUCGCAGGAAAAAGGAGCUGCUGGAUGACAUUGAGCGGUUGAAGUUCGAGAUCGCCGAGGUGAUGACGGAAAUCGAGCAGCUCACCUGUGUGGGGGAGAGCAAAACCACACAGAGAAACAAACAGAUUGCAAUGGGAAGAAAGAAAUUCAAUAUGGAUCCCAAAAAGGGGAUCCAGUUUCUGCUGGAGAACGACCUCCUGCAGCACACUCCUGAAGACAUAGCCCAGUUCCUGUACAAAGGCGAGGGCCUAAACAAAACAGUCAUCGGGGAUUACUUAGGUGAAAGGGAUGACUUCAACAUUAAAGUGCUCCAGGCUUUCGUGGAGCUCCAUGAAUUUGCAGACCUCAAUCUUGUCCAGGCAUUAAGGCAAUUUCUCUGGAGCUUCAGACUGCCAGGCGAGGCACAGAAGAUCGAUCGGAUGAUGGAAGCCUUCGCGUCCCGAUACUGCCAAUGCAACCCAGGAGUCUUCCAAUCCACAGACACAUGUUAUGUACUCUCCUUCGCAAUCAUCAUGUUGAACACCAGCCUUCACAACCCCAAUGUCAGGGACAAGCCUGCUGUGGAACGUUUCAUCUCCAUGAACAGAGGCAUCAACGAGGGAGGAGAUCUGCCAGAGGAGCUGCUCAGGAACCUGUACGAAAGCAUUAAAAGCGAACCCUUUAAGAUCCCCGAGGAUGAUGGCAAUGACCUGACCCACACUUUCUUCAAUCCUGACAGAGAAGGCUGGCUGCUGAAGCUAGGAGGAAGAGUAAAAACCUGGAAGAGACGAUGGUUCAUUUUAACCGACAACUGCCUGUACUACUUUGAGUACACAACGGACAAGGAGCCGCGAGGGAUCAUUCCUCUGGAGAAUCUCAGUAUCCGAGAGGUGGAGGAGCCCAGAAAGCCUAACUGUUUUGAGCUCUACAACCCAAACCACAAAGGCCAGGUCAUCAAGGCGUGUAAGACGGAGGCUGAUGGGCGGGUGGUGGAGGGAAAUCACGUGGUCUACAGGAUAUCAGCACCAACACCAGAGGAGAAGGAGGAGUGGAUCAAAUCCAUCAAAGCCAGCAUCAGCAGGGAUCCCUUCUAUGACAUGCUUGCCACCAGGAAACGACGCAUCGCCAACAAGAAGUGAGGGCGCCGCUGGACCGCCAGUAGGACGGCACACACAUGCACACGUACGCGCUGUCCUGCAAGAUGCUCUUGAACAGCUGCUGCACGUGUGCUGAUGUCGUCAACCUGGGACACUAAAACUGUCACGUGAGCUCAUGUGACCCCAAAUCCCUUUUUAUCUCUUUUAACCCACCUCUCCUUAUUUCUGUACAUUUUACCCUUCUUGUGUCAGGGCUGAAAAAAAACCCAAAUGCGGCUGUCGUUGUUCUCUUUGCACUUGCAUGGAUGUCAGUUUGCAUACGUGGAUGGCGCACGUGAGAGCCCAGAGGACACACGUUGGGACUUCACUUACACUUCACAGACUUCAACCAUGAAAGCCUGGUGUGACGUCAAACCAUUUUCAGCAAUUACAGCAAUGCUCUUUCAAAAAAUGCUGACACAGUUGGUAGAAAAUGAAAGCUUGUAGUGGCCAGUUAGAGUCAUGGAAAUAAGAUCCUUAUAGCUCAUGCUCAGUAGCUUUCAUCUGUUAUUAGGCCGUGUUGGCAUUUUUUUCCGCAAAGUGCUCCUUUAAUGACGAGGCUAAGAGCUACAGUGCACUCCCUACUGGUCCAAUCAUGCAGACCUAUAUUGUAAUGCCAUUGUAGCUCUAAAUGACUUAGACUAUUAUCUCACUCUGGUGCUGAAUGAGUCCCUGCCUGUGACAUUUGUUGAAGUAAAACAGCAGAAAAAAAGCUUGAAAUGAGUGUGAUGUAAAUGUGGGAAUGCUAUUUUAACAAUACGUGGCAGUCUUGAGUCAGCUGGACUGAUUUCUUAAAUUUUCAGACAGAAUAGUAGAAAAAAUAUAUGCCGUGCACCCUUUUAACUUUUUGUUGUGAAUCGGCAGGUACCAGUCAAUUUAAGCUUUCUGUUCAGUCUUUAGAACUGACAGGUCUUACGUAUCGCACAUCUCUGAGGAAGAGUGCUGAACUGGGGUUAGUUUUUACUUUUGUUAGUCCAAUUAUAUGGACUAACGGGAGCUGAUCCUAAAUCAGCAUUUUCACUCCGAGAUGUCUGAUGCGCAGGCCUUAGUGUAGAAGAGUCUUUUCAGUGGGUCAAUGUGUUGAUGUGAUGCGAAUGCAGUUCUUUUGUUUUUCUGCUUGCUUGCUUUUAUGUUCCCUUUACAAAAUUGAACAGCUUUUUAUAUUUAUUUUCUCUGUGAAAUUGUUAUAUUCUACCUGUAAUUGUUGAAACUAUAGACUUAAGUUAUGUGUAAAUAAUGUAAACAGUUGUCAUCUUUAUUGUGUAUGUAUGAUUUAUUGCAUAUAAAUCUACUGGUUACAUCACGCAUCAGCUUUGGUUGAGGGCUUUCUCCUCGACAGCCUUAUACAUUAAAGGGGAAUUCCACCAAUUUUGCAAAAUUUCUGCACAGUUAAAUUAGUGAGAUGUAAAUAAAGUCGUUCAGAGUGGUUUGAUGUGAAGUGCUCCAUCCAAGAGAAAUUUACAGAGUUAGAGUUGUUCAAAGCAGAGAUGAUAGGAACCAGAAGUCCAGGCGUUUAGUGACUCUACAAGCUCCCUCACAGAGAGUUAUUACAUCAAAUCAUAAUGGAUACACUACCUAAUGCCUGAGACAUUGUUUUACAGUAGUAGGAUAGUAAAUAAUAUGGCUCCACGCUACAAUGGACCAUUUCACAUCAAACAACUCUGAAUGACUUUGUUUACAUUUCAAUUAUUGAAUUAUGCAGAAGUUCAGGAAAACCUGUGAAAGUAUUAUAAUCCUGUCAGGAGACAUUUUAUUUUUCAACAGAAACCUUGAUGAUGAUGAUGUGAUUCAGAACUAAUUAUUAUUAUUAUUAUUAUUAUUAUUAUUAUAUUUUCUUGUUUAUCCAGUAGUGAUUUAUAUGUAUUUGUAAAAUAAGAGCUCUAGCCUCUGGCAGAAUAUUAUCUUGGACUGAGCUGUGAGGCUACACAUUAAUUUUUAUAUGUCUGUAAAAGCUAUUGGUCAUAUUGUACAUGAUGUAUAACAUAAAGCAUUGAUAAGGCUUUAACCUUGA